AUGUUCGGCUUCGACUUCAUUCGACAUCUCGCCGUGCGAUCCCUGACGCUGGUUCGACCCCGGUCGGACCUCGUUGACGAAUCUAAAGGAUAUUCAUAUCUUGAAAACAAGGACUACCUACUGUCCGUCGGUUCAUACAACGGGGAUAUUACAAUUCUAAAGUACAAUCCAUUUCAUAAGUCUAUCUCAAAGGUUUCGACGUAUCACCAGUCGAGCUUCCAGCCAUCCUGGCAGACGGUCCACCCAACUCAAAAAAUUAUUUACUCUGCCGAUGAAGGGAACCCUGGCGGGCUUGUGUCCCUUCGACUGGACGAAAAAAGUGGCGAGUUGAAGAAAAUAGGGAAGUCGGAAGGUAUCAAUGGGACCGUGAGCAUCGCUUUCUAUAAGAACCUUGCUAUCGUUGCUGCAUAUACAGGACACUCUAUUCAAACAUUCGACACCACCGAGACUGGCGAUAUUUCGCAGGCACGUGACACAUUCACGUACUUUCUUGAAGCUCCUGGCCCAAAUAAAGAGAGACAGGAGUCCUCGCACCCGCAUCAGGUUGUUAUAGAUCCUACUGGGCAUUAUGUUGUAGCGCCGGACCUCGGGGCGGACCUCCUACGCCUCUACUCUGUCAAUGGGUCGCGCCUAUCUGAAUUGCAAAAUAUCAAAGUUGCUGCGGGCUCAGGCCCACGUCAUGUUGCAUUUCACGUUAUCGACAAGCCGAACGAGAUAUUCGAAAGGAAUAGAACUAUGAUAUACGUAGUCAACGAGCUAAAAAAUACCCUCACCGUUUUUAAGACCCGACAAUGGGACAACGGGACUUUUGUUUUCCAUGAAGUACAGAAUGUUCCAACGCUACCACCAACCUCAACAGAGAAUCUCGCUUCCCUUCCUUCACCAACAGCUGGAGAGAUCGUCAUUUCGAAGGACAAACGCUUCCUCUAUGUCUCCAACCGUAAUGACUACUCAUUUAAGGAUAAGAAAUUUGGGUCUUCUGACUCAAUCGCCCUCUACAAAAUUGAUCCACUUACAGGAUUUGUUUCAUUUGUUAAACUCCUACAGGCUGGUGGAGUCACCCCGCGCCAUUUUUCUUUCGAUCAGUCGGGAAAGUUUGUUGCCGUCGCAUUACAGGAAACGGACACGAUAGUUAUCUACAAAGUUGAUCCGACAAGUGGAGAGUUCAUUGAUGCUGAAGACCAUAACAUUAGUCUCCAUGUUUCUGACCGUCCGGUUUGUGUUAAUUGGUUAUAA